AUGGCAAAAUUUAAUGAAAAUUAUAAAAGCCAAAAAAUGAAGAAUAAGAACACUGUGUCAUUUAAACCAGCGGUAUACCAGUCUCCGUUGGGUUAUAACUAUACACAGCCUAUUAUAUUCACAAGUUAUACAGUACAGCAACAGGGGAAACGAAGAAUAGAAGAAGAUGAAACAUUGAUAAAAGAUCAAUUGAAGCCUAUUAAGCGUAGCAGUAUGAUACGUUCUAAGGUAUAUACAGGCAAAAGAAAAGUUUCUUAUAACUACAGUGAGACAGAAGAGAGUGAAACACAGUUUUAUGACAACUAUGAUUCUUAUGAAACUAUUGAAGAAGAUCCAUAUGAAAAAUUACUAAAGAAAGACGGUGAUAAAUUUUAUGUAAAGUUUAAAAAUAUGUCAUACAUUCAUUGUGAUUGGGUUGAUGAAGCAGAAAUAGUUAAGACAAGAAGUGGACUUUUGAAAGUAAAGAAAUUUAAACCGAUUGAAAUAAAAGAGGACUGGACUACAGUUGAUAGAGUACUUUGUGAGGGAGAGGAAGGAAUUUAUAUAAAAUGGAAAGGACAGGAUAUGCCUUAUGAAUUAUCAACAUUUGAAAUAAAGGAAGAUGUUCAAUCAUGUGUUGGAUUUAAAGAUGCAUAUAAUAAAUACUUAGAAAGGAAACAACAAAAACAUAAUAAGCAUAAUAUUGAUUGGAGACCAGCCAAAGAAAAGAAGUAUAGUGAAACACCAGUUUAUAAAAAUGGAAACACUUUACGAAUGUAUCAAUUAGAAGGACUUAACUGGUUAUUAAGUUGUUGGCAACAUAAACAGAGCUGUAUUAUGGCAGAUGAAAUGGGACUUGGUAAAACUGUUCAAUCAGUUGUGUUUAUUAAUGAAUUGUUUGAAUCUUAUCAGUAUUGUUUGCCUGUUAUAGUAGUAGCGCCACUUUCCACACUUGAUCAUUGGACAAGAGAAUUUGAAAAUUGGACAAAUCUUAGAGUAUUGAAAUAUCACGGUACUAAAUUUGAUAGAGAAAUUAUUUCCCAAUAUGAAUUCUUCUAUAAAUCAGCUAAUAUUAAGAUACUUAAAUUUGAUGUUUUAGUUACAAGUUAUGAGAUGGUAAUGACAGGACUUGAUCAUCUAUCACAGUUUGAAUUUGGGGUUGGUAUAUUUGAUGAGGCUCAUAGAUUAAAGAAUCCUGACUGUAAAGCGGGUAUAGCAUUACGAUCACUUAAUUAUGAACAUAAGAUAUUGCUAUCAGGAACUCCAAUACAGAACAAUUUGAACGAACUUUGGUCAUUGCUUAACUUUGUUAACCCAGAAAGGUUUAAUAGCUUAUCGGAGUUUCUUAACACUUAUAGAAUGGAAAGUCCGGAGGAUGUUGAACGACUUCAGAAUAUGAUAAAAUGCUUUAUGUUAAGACGAAUGAAGGAUGAUGUUGAAACUUCCAUACCAUCUAAGGAAGAAACAAUAAUUGAGGUUGAGCUGACAACUGUUCAAAAAAGAUAUUAUAGAGCUAUUUUAGAAAAGAAUAUUGAAUUCUUAAGAAAUAAAGAUACUAAGACAACACCAAGUCUAAUGAACAUUAUGAUGGAAAUUAGAAAAUGCUGUAUUCAUCCAUAUUUAAUCAAUGGAGCAGAAUCUUAUAUAAUUCCAGAAUAUCUUCGUAGAAAAGGUGAAAGUAGAACAGAAACAAUAAAUGCAGAAGAAUACUAUCAGAUAUUUGUUGAAUCAUCAGGUAAAUUAGUGCUUCUUGAUAAACUUCUUUAUAAGCUUAGAAAUCAACACAAAGUAUUAAUUUUCUCUCAAAUGACUAAAUGUUUAGAUUUAUUAGAAGAAUAUCUUAAAUUUAGAAAUUAUCCUUUUGAGAGAAUUGACGGUGCUGUUAAGGGAAGUUUAAGACAAGAAGCAAUUGAUAGAUUCAGUACUGGCAAUAGUUUCGUUUUCUUGUUAUGUACAAGAGCAGGUGGUGUUGGUAUUAACUUAACAGCAGCUGAUACAUGUAUAAUUUUUGAUUCAGACUGGAACCCUCAAAAUGAUUUACAGGCACAGGCUCGUUGUCACAGAAUUGGUCAGAAGAACGCUGUUAAGAUUUAUAGAGUGGUAACUAAAAAUACUUAUGAACGAGAAAUGUUUGAUAAGGCAGGUUUGAAAUUGGGAUUAGAUAGAGCUAUUUUGCAAAAGAUGUCAUUUGAUAAUAAACCCGUACCAGCGUCUGAAAAGAAUAAGGAAAAGUUAGAUUCAAUACAAAUGCUGUUGAAGAAAGGUGCUUACGGUGCACUGAUGGAUAAUGAUGAUGAGGCUGAUAAAUUCUGUGAAGAAAACAUUGAUAAAAUAUUAGAAAGAAGCACAGUUGUUCAAAAAUCUGAGAGUGGUAAUGUUUUUUCUAAGGCAACUUUCCAAUUCAAUGAGGAAAUUGAUGAUCCAUUUUUUUGGGAUUUCAUUGUUAAUCAGAAGAAAGGCGAUACUUCAGAAAUGAAAAUUAGAAGACAUUGUAGGAAGUUGGCAAGAGAAGGCAGUUUAAGUGAAAUUAUGAAAGAAGAUUUGAUCAACAUUGAACAAAAGCUUGGGGCAUUCUUUUGA